GACUGUGUAGUAGCGUGCGUUUUGUCUUUAAAGGACAGACCAUAUCUAGUUUUGUUCUGUUUGUUGACACUUUUUAAAAAUUGUUUAGAUUGCUCAACAACUUUGUCUCAAAUUCUAGAAACCUCGUCCACAUCUAAAACAUCUUCUUUCUUACCUACUCACAUACAGACACAGGGUUAGGGUUCUGUUACAAGAUGCAGCAGCCACCACAAAUGAUGCCCGUCAUGCCUUCUUUUCCACCCACAAACAUUACCACCGAGCAGAUUCAAAAGUACCUUGAUGAGAACAAAAAGUUGAUUUUGGCAAUUUUGGACAAUCAAAAUCUUGGAAAACUUGCAGAGUGUGCACAGUACCAAGCUCAGCUUCAAAAGAAUUUGAUGUAUUUAGCUGCAAUUGCUGAUGCACAACCUCAGGCACCAGCUAUGCCUCCCCAGAUGGUCCCACAUCCUGCGAUGCAAGCAGGGGGAUUUUACAUGCAACAUCCUCAGGCUGCAGCAAUGGCACAACAACCAGGAAUUUUUUCACCAAAGAUGCCAUUACAAUUCGGUAACCCUCACCAAAUUCAGGAUCCACAGCAACAGCUACAUCAGCAACAUCAAGCUAUGCUAGGACAAAUGGGAAUGAGACCUGUUGCUGGCAACAAUGGCAUGCAUCCCAUGCAUGCUGAGAGCACUCUUGGAGUUGGCAGCAGUGCAGUGGCUCCUUCAGCCACAGGCCCAAAUGAUGUCCGUAUUGGAAGCAAGCAAGACGCUUCUGAUGCUGGGACAGGUGCUGAUGGUCAGGGCAGCUCAGCUGGUGGACAUGGUACUGGUGAAGGAGAUUAGGCGAAGUGACAUAAUCCCAUGUGUGGUUGACUGUGGUUGUUGAUAGUAUGUGCCUCUUACAGUACAACUGCUAUCGCUCCAGAGAUGUUUGGUAGACGGAGCUUAGAAUUGAAAUUUUCUGUUACUCUUAAACUUUUAACAGAUUAGGUAGUUGUGUUGUAAGAGAGUCUUUGCAUGCUGGUGAAUGAAUUACAAUUCAGAAAGGUGAGAUAAUGGCAGUCUUAAUUGUGAAAA